AUGCAGCAACGUGGACAACUCGGCCAGCGAGGCCCAACUGUUGGAACAAGCUCUGCCGUGCGCUCACGGUCUGGCUCAGGAUCUGAGAGCAGGUUAAGAUCCGGUCUGAACGCCGCUAGCAACGCUCUUAGCUCGAGUAUGGAUAGCAGACACCGAAGCGGAGGCCGUUUGGCCUCUUUACCACAAAUACCGCCUCGUUCAUCUAAAGUCAGUGAGAAACUAGUUCUUCUUCCAGAGACGGUGGAGGAAGAAGAAGAGGAGGAGGAGCAAGAAGCAGAAGAGGAGGAAGAGGAUGAGGAUGAUGAAGUUGCGGAUGACGAAGGCACGCCUUCGAAGAUAAAUGAGAGAUAUGAACGGUUACGACGCUUGACUGCUGCCCGCGCGAAGCAGCCGGAUUUUACACAGGAUAAUAUGGCUGCGCCGCUCCUUGAUAAUGAAGAAGCUAUUCGAAAACGCAGAUUCGCCGCGAGCCCUGAGAAAGGGAAGAGUUAUGCUGAGCGUCUACCCAAGGCUCGAAGAGGGAAGAAGUUGCCUCGUGUAACGGCAUAUUGCACUGCUCAGGCGUAUAAGAUGGGUGCUGCGGCAAGCUUUGUCAAAGAACUCCACGAUGCGCGCACAAAGUUAUAUGAUGACUGCUUAUACGCCGCAUACCAUCUACCCUUAUUGCCUGGUCGAGACGGGUAUAGGGUGAGAAGUAGCCCUAUCUUCCGAAGUGCAGAGGGCAAAGUAGUCCUAGACGAAGAGAUUGCAAGGAAUGAGAGAAGGGAUUACCACGAUGAAUACUUUACAGAGACAGAGGAGCAUUCUGUUCGAAAUUCAGAGGAGCAGGAGAGACGUGAGCGCCGUCGUGAGCAAGAACGGGACCGGGAGGAGGAGGAUGGCCAUGAGCGUGACCAUACACACGAUCACGAAGUUGGAGCAGAGCGAAGUAAUGGACGACGCCAGGAAGAAAGAGAUACACCAGUCCGUGGCCAUUCAUUCCAUGUUGAACAUCACGACGAUCAACCCUCAACUCAAAAAGGUGACAUCCGACAGCCUACCUCUCCGGUCUCGACCAGACAAUCCCGACCCUCAAUACCUCCCAACGCCCUUUCCUUUGCAGAAAUGUUCAUAUUCAGUUACGGGGUUGUCGUCUUUUGGAACUUCACAGAGCGUCAGGAGAAGGAAAUCCUCGCAGAUCUCGCAUUUUGCCCUGCACCAAAUGACCUACCGCUUAACCCUCUGGCAGAAGAAGAUUUCGAAACAGAAGAGUUCCACUUUGAAUACUCUUCCGCUAUCUCUAGACCCCGAGUGUAUAAUGAUAUGAUUACAUUACGAUCAGGGGAUCAUAUGAUUAAACUGGCUAUCAGUCAUGGCAUAGCACAAAGCACAAAGCUCAGUUUCUUUGAGGAGGGCAUGGCGCGGCAAAUGGCAGACGCAAAGGAUGUGCCGAGACGGUUAGCUUUAACCGGUCAUCUAGGCAUGGGCAGAGAAGAAGUCUUCCGUAUCAUGGGCAGGUUAUUCAAAUCGCGUGUUGAAGUCAAUCUCUCUUCGAACAUGCUCGACGUGCCCAAUUUCUUCUGGGAUAGCGAGCCGAUGCUUCACCCCCUGUACAUCGCUGUUCGUGAAUACCUAGAGAUAAAACCUCGCAUUCAAGUUCUGAAUGAACGAUGCCGAGUCUUCCUCGACCUUAUUGAAAUCCUCUCUGAUUCUAUCGCCGACAAUAAAGUGUCUAGCCAGACAUGGAUUAUCAUCAUUCUGAUUUUCAUUUCCAUCAUCGUUACCCUAUCUGAGGUGGUGUUAAGAUUUGGCAUUCUAUCGACCAAGAAGGGAACUCAGAGUAAGAUGUUGCUAGACCAGGGAAAAGCCAAUGGUAUGAGUAUUGGUAUCUAG